AUGCAUUCUGUUGUGUCUGGCCUCACGGGACGAGUGAUUCGCACGCGUCGGCAACUUCUAUCGGAUUUGGAAGGUGAAGUUGGCGAGCUGUCAGAGCCUGACUGGGUGGCGAAUCAGUUGACAGCGUUAGCUCUACUCAGAGGAACGGAUUACGAGCAGCUGCUAGACAUUUACCUGACAGGAAGAAAGAAUUUCAUUGCAAAGCUAACAAAUGAGUCAAGUUCACUCCUGAACGUCGUCACUGAACUGAAGAAGACACUUGUGGUUGUAGAACAGUUGUUUGCCCAGGGAGAACUCGUAAGAAUCAUUCAGGCAGCCGCCUGUCCAACUUAUCGUCCAGCUUUGAUUGACUCGCUCAUUAGCGAUGAAGCUUUCACCUUCGGCCGUAUGCUCACUGCCGAAGCUGAGAAAGUAACUCGCCAACUAAGAGACUUCAAAGCCAGCCCAAUUCUCAUGCAGAAGAUUAACUCGAAGUGCACUGAGUGGAUCAAUGAUGUGUGUAAUUUUGCUCGAGAGCCGGUGAUGUCAAUCUGUGAAUUCUAUGAUAAAGCGGAUGAUAUAAUCGAGUUUCUCCAUGCAAUUUGUGGAGUCCUACGAACGGGUUGGCCACGAAUGAUUCCUUAUUCCACUGUUUAUCAGGACCUGUUCGGCAAUGUCUUGUUCAAAAAGUUUACGGGUAUCAUCUCUCGGGACUUACGUAAUUUGGAGGAACAGCUUAUAAAACAGUUGAAAUCGAUCAAUACUGCACCCCCUCCUCUGUUUGAGAAGACGUCCAACAAAUUUGAUCCUCUCAUGGGAAUUGGAAUUUCGGCUGCUCUCCAAGAAUGUAUUUUGAAAUUCUAUGUUGGUGUCCAAAACGCUCGCGAAUGUUGCGGAAGGUACGAGCAAGUGGAAUUGGAUUCUCAGCCAGAACGGGGUAUCAUCUCUCGGGACUUACGUAAUUUGGAGGAACAGCUUAUAAAACAGUUGAAAUCGAUCAAUACUGCACCCCCUCCUCUGUUUGAGAAGACGUCCAACAAAUUUGAUCCUCUCAUGGGAAUUGGAAUUUCGGCUGCUCUCCAAGAAUGUAUUUUGAAAUUCUAUGUUGGUGUCCAAAACGCUCGCGAAUGUUGCGGAAGGUACGAGCAAGUGGAAUUGGAUUCUCAGCCAGAACGGGUCAGAGAGUCAUUGGCCGCUGAACUAUUCGCUGUCAUCGAAAGGUUGUCGAAGUUGCAUCCCAACAACAGCGGUAAUAUUUCGAUGGAUGAACUAUCAAGAACUAGAUUAUGUCUGGCCCUUCUUCACUGCGAUUCGACAUCGUUCUGUCAGGCCAUGAACAAAGACGGCGAACGCAUUGCUGCUGCCAGUCGACUUCUCAACGCUGCCGCCGAAGACUCAUUAAGGUACAUAUGGGUAAUUUGGGUAGAUGUACAGCUACAUGCCGUUGUUGCUCUGAAUUGA